UAUUUCACUAAAAAACAAUUAACUGACACCAUUAAUUCCAUUCAAAAAUAAUUGCAAGUUCUGGCCUUAUUCUGCGAUGUUACGGGGAAAUUUCAGCCAUCACAUUGGACUGAGUCCUGCUUCAUGCAAGAAGCAGGAAACUCUAUAAAUAUCAUGCAAACUAAGGAGAGUGACAUAAAGUGAAAACUCAUUUUCUAACAUGGCAAGUUUAAGGUUCUUCGUAUGUUUAUUUCUUUUUUGUGCAAGUUCUCUCAAACUCGUGCGCAGUUGUAGUCUGCCCAAAAACCAUGUCGCCUUGUUUAUCUUGGGGGAUUCACUGUUUGAUCCUGGAAAUAAUAACUACAUCAACACGAUUGCUCGGGCAAAUUAUUGGCCAUAUGGGGAAACCUUCUUCAAAUACCCCUCUGGAAGGUUUUCUGAUGGUCGUUUAAUUCCAGAUUUCAUUGCCGAGCAUGCAAACUUACCACUAAUUCCACCAUAUCUUCAACCUGGCAAUCAUCAAUUUACUUAUGGGGUCAAUUUUGCCUCGGCUGGAGCUGGUGCUUUGGCUGAAACUAAUCAAGGAUUGGUGAUCGAUUUGAAAACUCAGUUGAGUUACUUCAAAAAGGUGGAAAAGCUGUUGAGACAGAAACUAGGCAAUGCUGAAGCCAAGACCUUGUUAUCCAAAGCAGUUUACUUAAUUAGCAUUGGAGCCAACGAUUACAUAUCCCCUUUGAGCACAAACUCCAGUGUAUUUCAGUUCUUCUCCAAAGAAGAAUAUGUAGGAAUGGUGAUUGGAAAUCUAACUGACACUAUCAAAGAAAUAUACAAGAAAGGAGGAAGGAAAUUUGGGUUUCAAAACUUGGGGCCAUUGGGUUGUGCGCCAUUCAUGAAAGCACUUGUACCUGGAAAUACAGGUUCCUGCUUUGAAGCAGCUAUAGAACUAGCAAAACUGCACAAUGCAGCUCAGUCUAAAGCCCUGCAGGAGCUGGAGAUCAAACUAGUAGAAUUUAAAUAUGCAAGGCAUGAUUUUAAUAUUUCUGCUACUGAAAGGUUGAACAAUCCUGAAAAAUAUGGUUUCAAGGAGGCAAAUAUAGCAUGUUGUGGGAGCGGUCCGUACAGAGGAAUUUUAAGCUGUGGGGGAAAGAGGGGAGUGACAGAAUAUGAAUUAUGUUCAGAUCAAAUUUGCUUUCAAUAUUCCCAACAAAGUCAUAUGUCUGAUAAGGCUAAUAAGCAGAUUUCCGAGCUAAUGUGGAGUGGAACACCCAAUGUUACGGGCCCUUACAAUCUGAAAGCGUUAUUUGAAGCAUGAUCGAGAUAUCAUUUCAACAUAACAAUAAUAAUAAUUACUUGUUUGCUGUUUAUAUGUAAUGAUUUUACUGAUUGAUUCCCUAGUAGUUGUGAGAAUAAAUAAGCUUCAUAAAGAGUGCAAAAAUAUAUGAAAUUUCAUAUUGGUAUUGUCAUUUGUUUGACCCCAGUAGGUUUAAUAUGUGGUGAAAAAAUGGUGGACAAACUGUCGAUAUUGUGUGUUAUGUUUGAUUUUCUACGCAACCAAAUUGAAUUGAAAUGACAUGGUUGACUUCGAACAACAGUUGAA